ACGGCGCCCAGAGGCUGUCGGGAAGUAGGCGGGGUGACGUGUGGUUGACGAGCUCCGCGGCGGGUUUACAGAGAUCUGUGACCGGCAGCAGCUGGUGUCUGGGGGCCGCUGAGAGCGAGUAGUGGAGCUGGCAGCGUGGGGCCAGGGCCAUGACGAGCAAUGCCGGGGAGUGGUGCCUCAUGGAGAGCGACCCCGGAGUCUUCACCGAGCUCAUUAAAGGAUUCGGUUGCCGAGGAGCGCAAGUAGAAGAAAUAUGGAGUUUGGAGCCUGAGAAUUUUGAAAAGUUAAAGCCAGUUCAUGGGUUAAUUUUUCUUUUCAAGUGGCAGCCAGGAGAAGAACCAGCAGGCUCUGUGGUUCAGGACUCCAGACUUGAUACAAUAUUUUUUGCCAAGCAGGUAAUUAAUAAUGCUUGUGCUACUCAAGCCAUAGUAAGUGUGCUAUUAAACUGUACACAUCAAGAUGUCCAUUUAGGAGAGACUUUAUCGGAAUUUAAAGAAUUUUCUCAAAGUUUCGAUGCAGCUAUGAAGGGUUUGGCACUCAGCAAUUCAGAUGUGAUUCGACAAGUUCAUAACAGUUUUGCCAGACAGCAGAUGUUUGAAUUUGAUGCAAAAACAUCAGCAAAAGAAGAAGAUGCUUUUCACUUUGUCAGUUAUGUUCCUGUUAAUGGAAGGCUGUAUGAAUUAGAUGGAUUAAGAGAAGGACCUAUUGAUUUAGGGGCUUGCAAUCAAGAUGACUGGAUAAGCGCAGUGAGGCCAGUUAUAGAAAAACGGAUCCAAAAGUACAGUGAAGGUGAAAUUCGAUUUAAUUUAAUGGCAAUUGUAUCGGACAGAAAAAUGAUAUAUGAACAGAAGAUAGCAGAGUUACAAAGACAACUUGCAGAGGAACCCAUGGAUACAGAUCAGGGUAAUAUGCUAAGUGCUAUUCAGUCAGAGGUUGCCAAAAAUCAGAUGCUUAUUGAAGAAGAAGUACAAAAAUUAAAAAGAUAUAAGAUUGAAAAUAUCAGACGGAAACAUAAUUAUCUUCCUUUCAUUAUGGAGUUGUUAAAGACUUUAGCAGAACAUCAGCAAUUAAUACCACUAGUAGAAAAGGCCAAAGAAAAACAGAAUGCCAAGAAAGCUCAGGAAACCAACUGAAGACCUUGCUUUGGGAAUGAGUACACGUUUCUGCUUCUGCACUUAAUUUCCUGGAAACAAUGAGAAACUUUGAGCAACAUCCUAAUUGGCCCAGUGCACGUUUGGCAGUAGCACCAGUCUGUCUUGUCUUUAAUGCAUGAAUUCAUAAACUUUUUCCUACCUGCAUCAUGUGCAUGUAGAGUAUAUUAAAUAAAAAUGAUGGCUAAGAAUUGCUUGCCCCAAUUCUGUUAUUCAACAUUGUAUCUGAGAAUUCCUGUUGAUUCUCUGGUAUUUUAAUUAACUGUAAUGAAGCCUGGGAGAGACACAA